AUGGCCGACUCUUUUCUCUUCAUCAUCGCAGAAGGUGUUCUCGAGAAGUUGGGCUCUCUUGCUCUUCGAGAAUUUUUCCUAGCAUGGGGACUCGAAACUGAAGUUGAAACAAUUAGGGAGAUCUUGGGUGCCAUCCAAGCUGUGCUUUUGGAGGCUGAACAGCAGCGGCCUCACAAUCACGCAAUAGAGUUUUGGCUGGGGAAGCUCCAAGAUGUCCUUUAUGAUGCAGAAGACGUGGUGGAUGAGUUUGAAUGUGAAGCCUUGAGAAGGAAAGUGGUCAAGUCUGGUAACGCCACCCGAAGAAUGGGACAUAAACUAAAGAAGAUUAGAGAGACGGUUGAUGAAAUUGUAGCUCUUAAGUCUAAGUUUGGUCUUACUGAGCGGAUUUUUGAUAGGCAUGUCAUUCAUAGGAAGAAAGAGAUGACCCACUCCUUUGUAGAUGCUUGUAAUGUCAUUGGGAGGGAACAAGCUAGAGAUAACAUCAUUGAAAUGUUGGUACAAUUUGUUGAUGGUGAAAAUGUCUCCGUUAUUCCAAUUGUUGGAAUAGGUGGCCUUGGGAAGACUACACUUGCUAAAUUGGUUUAUAAUGAUCAAAGGGUGAUUAGUAAUUUCGAGAUGAAACUAUGGGUGUGUGUUUCAGAUGUCUUUGAAUUAGAAAAGGUGAUAAUUAAAAUUCUGAACUCUGCGUCUCCUUGUCAAAGAUACAUGGAUCUGGAUAUAGACCAGUUGCAAAUAGCCUUGCGAGAGGCUUUGGAUGGAACGAAAUAUUUUCUAAUCCUAGAUGAUGUGUGGAGCGAGGACCCUAGAAAAUGGCUUGAAUUAAAAACUUUGUUAAUGGGAGGUGCUAAUGGAAGUAAAAUUGUAAUCACGACUCGUAGCAAACGUGUUGCUGAAAUAAUGGGCACAGUAUCUGCACACAAUUUGAGUCUUCUUCCACACCAGGAUUGUUUGUCUUUGUUUUUCAAAUGUGCAUGUAGAGGACAACAAGAAAAACAAAAUCCAAACUUGAAAAGAAUUGGGGAAGAAAUUGUGAGAAAAUGCAAAGGAGUUCCUUUGGCAGUGAUAACUUUAGGAUCUUUGCUUUACUCUGUAACCGAUGAACGUGAAUGGGAAUUUAUAAGAGAUAAUGAGAUAUGGAAAUUAGAGCAAAAGGAAGAUGAUAUUUUGCCUGCUUUAAGAUUGAGCUAUGAACACUUGCCCUCUUACUUGAAAAGAUGCUUUGUGUAUUGUUCAAUUUUUCCCAAGGAUUAUGAAUUUACAGAACUUCAAUUGGUUUAUUUAUGGAUGGCAAAUGGACUGAUUGAAUCUUCCAAUGAGAAUCAAGAGUUAGAAGAUGUUGGCAUGCGCUAUUUUAAAGAGUUGUGCUCUAGAUGUUUCUUCGAAGAUUUUUCUGAAGGUGCUCGUGGUAUUGUUAACUGUAAAAUGCAUGAUCUAAUGCAUGAUCUAGCAUUAUCGAUCUCACGAAAUGAAUGCUCAGUUGUAAUGACCAGCACUCAACAGAUUCCCAAAAGUGUUCGACAUAUAUUUUUUCCUUAUCCUAAAUCGCUUUCUGAUCAGGAUCUUCCUACAUCCUUACAAAUCCCGCAAACUGUGCGAACCAUUUCCUUUUUAAAUAGAACAAGAGGGUGGAUUUGUAGUGAACGGUUCAUUAAGACAUGCUGCUUAAGAUUUCCAUACUUAAGGGUCUUGGAUUUGGCUUUUCUAGAAUUCCAGAUACUGCCAAAAAGGAUUGGUGAUUUGAAGCAUUUGAAAUAUCUUAGUUUAUAUGGUAAUUGUUUGAUUAACAGACUCCCUAAUUCCAUAUGUAAGCUACAAAGUUUGCAAGUUCUGAUAUUAACUUUAUGUUAUAAACUUCAAGAGUUGCCCAAAGAUAUACAGCACAUGAUUAACCUUAGAUGGCUUACAAUAACUACGAAGCAAAAGUAUUUACCAACGGGUGGAAUAGGUUGCUUGAAGGCUCUUCGAUUUUUGUUCAUUAGCUGGUGUGACAAUCUAGAAUAUUUGUUUGAAGACAUGCAAGGCCUCAAAAAGCUUCGAAGCUUAGCGAUCACUUACUGUAGAAGCUUGAAAUCUUUGCCGCAAAGUAUUAAAUGCCUAACAGCAUUAGAUACUCUUCGUAUUGAUGCUUGCAAAAACCUUGAUUUCACAAUGGAGGAAGGAGAAGACAAUCAAUGCCUAACUCAAUUCAGCCUCCAAAAAUUAGUGUUAAUAGACUUGCCAAAAUUAGCGGAGUUUCCAGAAUGGCUUAUUCGAGGAUCUACCAACAGUUUAAAAGUCAUGAGAAUUGGAGAGUGUGACAACCUCAGAGAAUUACCAAGGUGCCUACAGAAUAUGUCAUCACUUUCAGAGCUUCAAAUCAUAGGUUGUCCGCAGCUAAACAACGAUCCCAUAUGA